AUGCAGCGGGCUGUUGACCUCUAUCUUGCAGACCAGCAGCGGCCGCUUGCGCCCAAAGAGCGACGCAAAGGGACGCGAUACUUCUGUGAAAUCGUCGAGGAAGAGUUUCGGGCAGAGUACAAAAGAUCCAUUCACCUUUCUCACAUGACUUGCAGCCGUUGGGCGAAGGGAAAACGCAGCCGGGCAAAUGCCAAUGCUGCCCGAUCCUGGUUACUUCCAGAGGAGGCGGAGACUGUUCUGCAGUAUGUUGAGGAGAUGUCGAUCAGAGGCUUGCCCCUUGAUCACGAAGGUCUUCGGGAGGUUGUUGAGGGUAUCUUGAGGGCCCGAUUAGGUGAUGAUUUUCCAGAGGAGGGCCUGGGAAAGAAUUGGACGCAGCGCUUCCUCGAAAAGCAUUCGAAACGCGUCAAAACUUACUGGUCUAGCUCUCUUGAUCACAAACGAGGACGUGCCGUCAAUCCCGCAAACAACAUGGAGUGGUUCCGUCUUCUGGGGGAUACAUUAUCGGGAAAGAUGGACUACUUGUUUGACGAGGAUCUGGACUCACCACCGUCGAAUGGGCCGCCUGAUGGUUUUGUCCCCGUGCCAAUUCUUGCGGAGAAUAUCUAUGGAACCGAUGAGAGUGGUUUCUUUGCAGCGGGAAAUACAAAGAAGCGGGUGAUCGGCAAGGCUGGGACAAAGACUCAGCAUGUGCAGUCAGAUGGAGGUCGAGAGAAUACCACGGUCAUCGCUACAAUCUGUGCUGAUGGGACAGCUCUCAAACCCACCGUGAUUUUCAAGGGUCAUGCGUAUCAGUUGUCGUGGUUGCAAGAUAAUCCCACGGAAGCCAACGUGACGUAUCAGGAAAAGGGAUGGACCAACCAAGAGAUUACCGUGGAAUAUCUGCGAGAUUUCGAUGAUCAGACACAGGAGAAAGCAGCUGGACGCACUUGCCUCCUAGUCGUUGAUGGCCACAACUCCCGAUACUCAUUGGAGCUGCUCCGGUUGGCACGCUCCUUGCGAAUUCACAUCCUAUGCUAUCCCGCACACGGAACGCAUGUCUAUCAAGGUCUUGAUGUCGUGAUAUUCUCACCACUCAAACGCGAGUGGACAAACGCAAAGCUGGAGUUCAGCCGCCGGGAACGCCAGCCCGUCAACAAGACCAAUUUCCUCAAGAUAUAUGGUCAGGCUCACCUGAAGGCCAUGACGGAGACAAACAUCAAAACUGCGUUUCGGAAAACUGGGGUUUGGCCGUUCAAUCCCUCCGUCAUCACUAGUGACAUGAUGGCACCGAGUUUGGAGACCUCGGUGAUGAAUGUCCUUCCCGUGCCACCCACAACACCGGUUCGUGCUAUCAGCAACCUCAUGCAUCAGAUGCACCACGGUCAGAAACGAGCUCGAUCCCCAGAUGACUUGGAGGAGGGCUCAUCAGCCCGACCUGCAGCGUAUCAGCGCGCUCUUCUCGCAUCACUCGAGGACAGCAUGCAGAUGAUACGCACCAGCAGCUCCGGUUACCUAGUCAACUCCUCGCCGAUCCAGUCAUCGGCACAACCCCCGACAUUCUCUCCUACACCCAUCUCCCCGCAUGCUUCUCGAAAACGUCGAUAUGCCCGGCUUCUUGGUGCCACGCCAACAACUCCACUGGAACAUGACAUGCAAGAGGGUUUGAGGGAGUUGCUGGAGACGAACCAGUCCCAGAAAUCCUCGUUAGUGACAAUGCAGUCAAAAAUGGUAAUCCAUACCACAUAUGUGAGCCGUGUUCAAGGGCAGUUGGAGGCAGAGGAAGAGAAAAAGAAGAAGAAGCGGAAAGGGCGCCUCGUGGGUGAUGGGCUCCCACGCUUAUUGACACAUCCAGACUUCGUUCGACGUGUUCAGGCAUCAAACGAGAUCACAGUGCAGAAGGAGGCAGAGAGCGCACAGAGGAAGGAGACGCGGGAGGAACGCGAGAAGGCCCGUGUGGAGUGGAAAAAGCAGGAUGAUGUGCGACGGCAUGAGAAUCAGAGCUUGCAUGCCAUUUGGUUGGCAGAUUGCAAAGCAUGGGAUGCAAUGAAGGCUGCGGGACAGCGGCCUGCAUCAAAACGUCCCUUAUGGAAGGAUCGGAAGCUUCUCAAUAUUCCCAAGCCGCCAAUCUUGGAAGCAUCUGGUCGGAAGCGUAGAAAUCAGACAGCAUCAGCACCCCGGGAUGAUUCGGAUGCGGAGCCAUCAGACGAAGGCGGAAGUGAGGGAGAUGGCAUGGAUUUUGUUGAUGAGGAUGAGGAAGAGGAGGAUGAGGAAGAUUGA